AUGAGGGCGUGCGCGUCCUGUGGCCGUUCAUGCCGUGGGACACCGAGACGCGGUCGGUACGAGGGCGAGGAGCCCGCCUCGAUCGUGGCGCUCGCCCGCGCGACGGACGCCGACGGCAUCAACGGCGAUACGCUGUACACGAUCCCCGAGGCCUUCUCUGACGAGGGCGUCGCGCAGGGCCACCGCGUCGCGCUGCAGCCAGAGCUCGGCGGCUCGAUCGCCUCCCUCGGCUGGACGACCCUCGGAUGGGGCGAGGCGGGCGGGUGGUCGUCGGACGCGCUCAGCGCGUCGGUGGCGCCGGCGGUCGACCUCUUCAAGUGGCUGACGCCUCGCCGGAUGACGACCGUCUGCCGCCGGUGGGACCAGGACCGCAACGACGCGCUCCAGCACGCGUGGUUCAACGGGAUCGGCUACGUCGCGUGGGAGAACGUGUGGGGCAUCUGGAACGGGAUCACGCGCCGCGACGGCGAGGCGCUGCGGCGGCUGCAGCCGCUGAUGAAGUACCUCGGCGAGAGCGGCUACCUGAGCAGCGAGGCGUGGGUGCCGCACGCGCCCACCCUCCAGCCGGCGUCGGUCUUCGCGUCGCGCUUCCCACAGAGCGUGCGCCGUGGCGAUGGGCGGCGGACGGCGUGGACCCUCGUCGAGCGCGCCAACAGCGAGUGGCCGUCGACGACGCCCAUGCUCGAGCUCGACGCGGCGGCGUACGACGGCUUCCUCUUCUGGGACCUCUACAACGGCGUCGCCCUCUCGCCCGCGCCGUCGGCGCGCCGCGAGGGCGCGAUCACGCUCAGUGUCGCGAUGGAGGCACGGGGCUUCGGGUGCGUCCUCGCCAUCCCGGCCGACGAGCCCGUGGUGCUCGACGCCUUCCUCCGCGAGCGCGUCCGCGCGACGGCCGCGCCGCUCUCGACGUUCGAUGCCGUGUGGCGCGCCGCACGCCAGAUGCCGGUGGGCCCGACCCUCACGUCGCUUGAGGAGUGGCCCUUCGCGCCGCCGGACGCGAAGCUCGUCCCCGCGACGACUUCGUACCACUUCAAGUGCGAGGGCACCGUCAUCGAGCCCUUCGAGGAGGAGCGGCGCGCCGCGUUCGGCAUCGACGUGCGCUUCGACUUCGAGCCGCUCGCGACGAACGAGCACGAGCAGCGCCUGCCGAUCAACUCCUUCUACAUGGAUCGAACGCCCGUCGGCAUGGCGCGGUACGCGCGCUACCUCCGCGACACGGCGUACGCGCCGGCCGACGCGCGCCACUUCCUGCGCGAGUGGCCGGACUGGCGGCGCGGCCGGCACCCGCCGGGCAACGAGACGGUCCCGGUGACGGGCGUCUCGCUCGACGAGGCGCGCGAGUUCUGCCACUGGGCGGGCGGGCGGCUGCCGACGUCCAUCGAGUGGCAGUACGCGGCGCAGGCGGGCGACCCCGCCAAUCGCUUCCCGCGCUCGUCGCGGGCGCCAAACUCGUGGGGGCUGGUGGACCUGGUGGGCAACGUGUGGGAGUGGACCGAGAGCGAGUUCGCCGACGCGCACACGCGCUUCGCGCUGCUGCGCGGCGGCUCCUUCUACCAGCCCGUCGCGGCGAGCGACUUCCAGAACUGGUAUUUCGGCGCGAUCCGGCAGUACGCCAACGACGGGUACACGCCCGGCGAGACGGCGGCGCAGCUCGAUCGGCACGCCAACAUGGCGACCGCUGGCGUCUUCUCGAUCUUGCUGGUCGCGAUCCUCGCGACCGCCCACGCGCUCGCCAACCGCGCGCGCAAAAAGUAA